AUGUCUUUUGAAGGAAGUGUUAAGAAAGAGCCCAUUGAGGACGAUGUUGGCGGGUACUCUAUUGGUGCAGCUGCGCAAGCGCAGCAUGCACCACAGAUGGCGCCACAGGUGCCACAGGAUAUGAAGGAUGUGCGUUCGAGUGUUAGCGCUUCUGUGACGCCGGCUAAUGAUGCCGAGGUUGCUAUGGAUCAGGAGUACUACGCGGAUAGUGCGGAUCACGCGGAUCACGCGGAUCACGCGCGUGAAUUAGGCCAGGUGCUGCCUGAGCAGCCGGAUUUGAAGAUUGUUCGCCGCCAGGUUACUGGGUAUGUUGGUUUUGCAAACUUGCCUAAGCAAUGGCGGAGGAAGUCCAUUCGCAAGGGUUUCACUUUCAACCUGCUAUGUGUCGGUACCGCUGGUUUGGGUAAGACUACACUGGUGAACACUCUGUUUGGUCGCGAUUUCGCGCCUGGGGCUAUGGAGAGCAAUAUCCCAGGGGACUACCAGGCGGAGAUGGACUCCGUGGACGAGAAGGUCGAGAACUUGAAGAUCGAGGACACUGACGAGAACGGUAUCGCCGCCAUGGCCGCUGCUGCCGGUGUGGCCAAUGGUCAAGGUAAGGCAGCCGAGGAGGAAAACUUAACCUCGUCGAUUCAUAUGGAGAAGCAAUCUGCCGUGAUAGAGGAGAACGGCGUUUCCUUGAAGCUGACUGUGAUCGAUGCACAUGGGUUCGGUGACGCCAUCGACAACAGCGACGCCUGGCAGCCAAUUGUGAGCGAGGUCAACAAGCGUUUUGACCAAUACCUGGACGCCGAAAACAGAAUCAACAGAGGCGUGAUCGAGGAUACAAGAAUACACGCAUGUCUGUACUUUAUAGAACCAACGGCGCACUUCUUGAAACCUCUAGAUAUUGAGUUCUGCAAGCAGAUCCACGAGAAGUGUAACUUGAUUCCAGUAAUCGCUAAAUCAGACAUCCUAACAGAUGAAGAGAUCGCAAUCUUCAAAAGCAGAAUCAGAAGGCAGCUGGACGAAGCUGGUGUUACCCUUUUCGAACCACCAACCUACGCUCUAGAUGACGAAGAGACAGUCGCAGCAACUAAAGAGCUCGCAAAUAAAGUGCCAUACGCCGUUGUCGGUUCCACAGAGAUGGUCACAAACUCAGAGGGUAAGUUGGUCAGAGGCCGUACUUACCCAUGGGGUAUCAUUGAGGUCGAUAACUCCGCUCACUCCGACUUCAACUUCUUACGCGACCUGUUGAUAAGACAAUACAUGGAAGAGCUUCGUGAGAGAACUGUGAAGGUGUUAUAUGAGAAAUAUAGAUCCGAGAAACUCAUAAAUCUAGGCAUAAAACAAGAUAACAGUGUUUUCAAGGAGUACGAUCCAGAGACAAGACAGAAGGAGGAGAAACAAUUACACGAGGCCAAACUUGCAAAACUAGAAGCUGAAAUGAAGGCAGUGUUCCAGCAAAAGGUUUCGGAGAAGGAGAAGAAACUGCAGAAAUCAGAAGCAGAAUUAUUCGCCAGACAUAAGGAAAUGAAAGACAAACUAACAAAGCAAUUGAAGGCUCUCGAAGAAAAAAAGCACCAGCUAGAAAUAUCUAUUUCUAAACAAGUGUCGCAAUCACCUGUUCAGCCAAAAAAGAAAGGAUUUCUACGUUAA